UUUUGCUAUUCACUUUUCACUUUCAGUUUGUCGAGAACUGUUUGUCUGAACGCCCCCGAGAAAAACGUUGAGCGGAGCAAAUAGCGGGACGCAGUUUGGGCCAAGUUUUUUGUGGCUAUCUCGUGCGUGCAGGAAAAGCUAAGAAAAUAAAAAAAAUAUUAAUUUCUCUAAAAGGAAAGGCCAGAAAAGAAUUUCCCGAAACGAAAGUGGGGGAAAAAUGUACAAGAAAUAGUGCGGAGAAAAAUGUGCGGCUAACGGAAGAAGGAGGCGGAGGAGGAGGUGGGAAAAGUGUAAGAGGCGACAAGUGUAAAAUUGCUGCACAUCAACACAACUGGAGAACACAGGAAACUUUUCAUAUCCCCGCAGUGAACAAUAAAAGCAAGAGUAGCAGCAGCCACAGCAAAAUGACAGCAAUAAGUUUAAGCAAUAAAACACAGCUAGCCAAGAGUUGCGAAAAUGCAUUCGCAAUACAAUAAGGACGGGGGCAUCGGACAAAAGCUUUAAAAUAGGAGUUAAACCCCAGGGGCUCCGACUCCCCUUAGCCCAAAAAGAGAACCCCAGAAUCCCCCAAAAUCAACUGCCAAAUAAUAUAGGAAAUUAGCCAAGGAACAAAAACCAAAAAGGGUAGAGCCCAGCGAGGAGCGGAGGAAAGGAGGAAAGGAGAAGCCCACUGUCGUCAGCCGGGACACUGAAACAUUCCACCCCAUAGCAUGGCCUCGGUCGCCGCUUGGCUGCCCUUCGCCCGGGCGGCGGCCAUCGGGUGGGUGCCGAUAGCCACCCACCCACUGCCACCGCCCCCGAUGCCCAAGGACCGCCGCAAAACGGACGACGAGAAGCUCCUGAUCAACGUCUCCGGCCGCCGCUUCGAGACGUGGCGGAACACCUUGGAAAAAUAUCCAGAUACUCUUUUAGGUUCCAAUGAAAGGGAGUUCUUCUACGACGAGGACUGCAAAGAGUACUUCUUCGAUCGGGACCCGGACAUUUUCCGGCACAUACUGAACUACUACCGGACGGGCAAACUGCAUUAUCCGAAGCACGAAUGCCUGACCAGCUACGACGAGGAGCUGGCCUUCUUCGGCAUAAUGCCGGAUGUUAUUGGGGAUUGUUGUUACGAGGAUUAUAGGGACCGGAAGCGGGAGAACGCGGAGCGGCUGAUGGACGACAAGCUGUCGGAGAACGGGGAUCAAAAUCUACAGCAGCUGACCAAUAUGCGACAGAAGAUGUGGCGGGCCUUCGAGAAUCCGCACACAUCGACGAGUGCCCUGGUGUUCUACUACGUGACGGGAUUCUUCAUCGCCGUUUCCGUGAUGGCCAAUGUGGUGGAGACAGUGCCCUGUGGCCAUCGUCCGGGUCGAGCUGGAACUCUGCCCUGCGGAGAGCGCUACAAGAUCGUGUUCUUCUGCCUGGACACCGCCUGCGUGAUGAUCUUCACCGCGGAGUAUCUGCUCCGCCUGUUCGCCGCCCCCGAUCGCUGCAAGUUCGUGCGGUCGGUGAUGAGCAUCAUCGAUGUGGUGGCCAUCAUGCCCUACUACAUCGGACUCGGGAUCACCGACAACGACGACGUGAGCGGCGCCUUCGUUACGCUCCGCGUGUUCCGCGUCUUCCGCAUCUUCAAGUUCUCGCGCCACUCGCAAGGACUGCGGAUCCUUGGCUACACGCUCAAAUCCUGCGCCAGCGAGCUUGGCUUCCUUGUCUUCUCGCUGGCCAUGGCCAUCAUCAUCUUCGCCACCGUCAUGUUCUACGCCGAGAAGAACGUCAACGGCACCAACUUCACAUCGAUUCCGGCGGCCUUCUGGUACACCAUCGUCACCAUGACGACGCUGGGCUAUGGCGACAUGGUGCCAGAGACAAUAGCUGGCAAAAUUGUGGGCGGCGUUUGCUCGCUCAGCGGAGUGCUGGUCAUCGCCUUACCUGUACCUGUUAUCGUAUCGAACUUUAGUAGAAUCUAUCACCAGAACCAGCGAGCGGACAAGCGCAAGGCGCAGCGGAAAGCUCGCCUGGCGCGUAUCCGCAUUGCCAAGGCCUCGUCCGGAGCCGCUUUUGUCAGCAAGAAGAAGGCCGCCGAGGCUCGGUGGGCUGCCCAGGAGUCUGGAAUCGAGCUGGAUGACAAUUAUCGGGACGAGGACAUCUUCGAGCUGCAGCACCAUCAUUUGCUGCGAUGUCUGGAGAAGACAACGGAUCGCGAAUUUGUCGAGUUAGAAAUACCGUUUAACGGCCAGCCCAAAAGGCCGGGCUCUCCGUCGCCGAUGGCCAGUCCCGCCCACUCGACGAACAGUGCUGCCGGACUGCUGCAGUCCUGCUGCGGCCGCUGCUGUUCCCAGCGCUACCAGGCCUGCGGCAAGUACAUGCCGGCUGCCAGCAAUGCUCAAAAUAGCCAAAACAAUCAGCCCAUGGAUGGCACCUACCUGGUGGAGGCCUCGUUUUGAGCCCGCAGCAGGUUCGCACUCGCAUCCACAUCCUCAGCCAUGGACGCAGCCACAUCCCAAUCCAGAUCGAGAUGAUUUAUGUUUACGUUUAGUCUAACUUGAAAAGUUUUUAAACUAAAUUGUAUUCGUUUGUAGACAUUGUCGUGUGUGUGUGUAGUCGCCAAAGAUAAAAUUGAUAAAAACAAAAAAACUACAAGGAAAACCAAUGAAAACUCUAAAGCCGAAAGACAAGUAUAAUCUCUAAAAUCUGAUUUCGGAGUUUAACAAACAAGAUAUUUAAUUAAAUUGUAAACCAUUGCAGACUCAAAUGAAAGCAGCAUCUCUGAAUGUGUAAAAUGUAAAGAGCACAUUUAAAACAAAACAAGUAACAAACGAAAUACAAGUGCCGAACCCAAAUUCUGCGGCGGCAAAGUCGGAUUUGAUUAGCGAAGACCCGUUAAUGAAAAAAAAACAAAUAUUAAUUAUAAUAAUAUGCAACACUAUUUACUUUAUUUAGGUGACAAGACAACAACAAACAGCAAACCAGAAACCGAAGCAUUUUAGAGGAAUUUACUGUGUAUGUUUUAAUAAAGUGAACAUAAAGUAGCAUAGAAGGAAAAAUAGUUUGAAGAAAGUAAUAAUACCCAAAAGAAAAUAGAAGAAGGGCAGGGGUCCAAAAGAAAACCAAGAACAAAAACCGAACACAAUAAGGAAAUUUUAACAGCAAAUGCUUUGUGUAGCCAGGAAACAAACAAAUGAAUGGAAUUUGAUGAGAAAGUUAUGAAAAUAUUAAUACGAAUUCGUGUAUUUUUUAAAUGGUCCGUAGUUUAGUAGGUAUGAUCUGCAUUGACUAAUCCCCUCUAUUGUUUCUCAUCGGCAAAGAUCUCUCAACUAGCAUAUUAUCAUUCCUGUGACGACUUCAUUUUCCCCCAAAAUAAAUUAUAUAGCAAAGAGGUUUCAGUUUAUCAUUAACACUCACCCAAUCUCCGAAAUUCUCCAAAAACUAAUCAAAAUCUAUUGAAAAAAAAACUAAAAUUAAAAUUUUCUUCCAAGAACUAAGUUAGCAAGAAACCUAUUUAAAUGUAUAUGUGUGUGUAGGAAAGGCUUUAACGAAUUGGUACAUUAACUAACUAAAUGAACUCUUAGCAAAUUCUAACAAAAACUAAAAGUAUAUUAAUUAAUUCUAAAUUAAAAAUCAAACAUUUAAAAUUAGUUCAAGUAAACAACUUAAAAAACAACAUUAAUAUGGAGCUUGUAUGUAUGUAUGAUAAAUUUAUUAUGAUUACUCUAAUUACUAUUAUGUCGACGAUGAAUACAAUGAUAGAGUGUUGACUAUUUGUUUCUAACUCUCUAAGUUGCCUACUUAUUUCCCAAGAGAACAAGCGAAACUAACAAAAAUCACAAAGUUUUGUUUAGCUAAACGAAGUUGUUAAUAAACCGCAACAAAAGCGAUUAUGAUUAGAUCGAAAAAUUACAAAAAACCACAUCAAGAAGACAAACAACAAUUUGGUUACUAAAACCAACUCUUGUAGCGAUAUUCUAAAAGAAAACCAAUCUAUCAAGUAAAAAGAAAGUCGGGUCGAAACAAAUACCUGAAGGAGGAAAACGACAUUUCUGUUUUGAUUUUUAGUGAUAUGUAAUUCGAAUUGAGUAACAGCAAAAACAAAUACUCUGCCACGGGUCUCUGAGAAUGAAAAAGCUAAAGAUUAAUAAUAAAUAAAAUAAAGAAAUCUGUUUACUUCCACCAUA